GGCCCCUCCCCUCAGCACCCCUCUUCGCCCCGCCCCUCCUCGCUAAGGACGCUGGGAAGCGCAGCCUCUUUCUCUUCCGGCGGCCAUAGCGCUGAGCCAAGAUGGGCGCCUACAAGUAUAUCCAGGAGUUGUGGCGCAAGAAGCAGUCCGAUGUGAUGCGCUUCCUGCUCCGGGUUCGUUGCUGGCAGUACCGGCAGCUGUCGGCCGUGCAUCGUGCACCGCGGCCCACCCGCCCAGACAAGGCCCGCCGGCUCGGCUACAAGGCCAAGCAAGGCUACGUAAUCUACCGCGUGCGUGUGCGCCGCGGUGGCCGCAAACGCCCCGUGCCCAAGGGAGCCACCUAUGGCAAGCCCGUCCACCAGGGUGUGAACCAGCUCAAGUUCGCCCGCAGCCUGCAGUCCGUUGCUGAGGAGCGCGCCGGCCGCCACUGCGGUGCCCUGCGUGUGCUCGCAUCCUACUGGGUGUGCGAGGACUCGACGUACAAGUACUACGAAGUGAUCCUCAUCGACACCUUCCACAAGGCCAUCCGCCGCAAUCCCGACACACAAUGGAUCACCAAGCCGGUGCACAAGCACCGCGAGAUGCGAGGCCUCACUUCAGCCGGCAGGAAGAGCCGAGGCCUGGGCAAGGGCCACCGCUUCCACCUCACAAUUGGCGGCUCGCGCAAGGCCGCCUGGCGGCGUCGCAACACGCUGCAGCUGCGCCGCUACCGCUAGGCCGCACCACAUCGGGCCCCGGGCCCUGCUUGACUCUCCUUCGCUUCUUGAAGCUGUACCUGGCUGGAUUGACAUGGGUAGUUUAUACCAUGUCCGCGUUUGCCUGGUUGUAUCCAAUCGUUGUGAAAUCUACAACCACUUCUUGAGCUGGAGCAGUGCAGUCUGGCAGGUUUGGGUGAAAGCUGUUGUGUAUUAUUUCAAAAUAAAGUACAAAACAUCCCAUGCCCUUGA